AUGCUUCUCCCGUGUUGGGCGAUACACCAUCACUUGCUACGCCCUGGUUCUUAUUCUAACUGGCCCUGCGACCAACACCUUGAAGAACUCUGAAGUUUUGUCAGAAUCUAUGGCUUGUGGACAGGAACAAAUAAAAACAACAUUGAAUCUGUUAAACAAAUUUGAAGAGAGACCUCUCGAUUCUAUUAAAGACAAUCUGAAUAAACUCAUUGACAUGUUGACAGAUUUAACUAACAAGACUAAAAAUGUUCUUGUUAGGGUGCAACGAUUAGUGAUGACUUUAGCUCAUAGUCUCCAAUCCGGUGCUGCCUGGUUAGAGUCAGUACGAAGAACUUGCGACCAUAGAGUUGGAGAUUCUCAUAAAGUUUGCAUCAAUGCCCUGAAAUUCUCAGUUCUGGAUUGUAAUGCCAAUUUAGGGCCUAGAUUCAAUUGGCUGUGUAAUUUAGAUUAUGUGGCUGAAGCAGCCUGCUCGUCAGCUAAAAAGGGCAAUCAUUUCUGCGUGCCUCUGUAUUUUGUGGACAACAAUAUCUUAGCCACUGUAACAGAAAAACUGAAAUUAUUUACCGAACGCGUUAAGUCUUUGCUGAACCUGCAGGUCAAAGUCCACCGUUCCUAUACAUUUAGCAGCAACGCCAGCAAAUCUGCAAGUCAAGUAGCUGCGGGAAUUGUUACUGAGAUCAGGAACAGAGCUGAUCCGUUACUGACUUGGUUAUCUUGGAGUCCUUGUGUCACUAGUUUAUUCUUGCUGCUUAUAAUCUUCCGAGCUAAAGAAUACCAGAACAUGUUCGAAACAAGAUCUCGAUUUGAUAAUCGCUAUAUGACAAAGGAAUUAAGAGCUAUAGACUUGAAACGUCAAAAGCAAGGCAGAGAUACGGUGCUGCCUUUGAACAGAAGGGAAAAAGUCAAGUACAUUCACACAACAUCGUUUCGCCUGGUCUCAUCAGAAAAAUUCAAUUUGUCUCGCUCAGUAGUAUUCAUGACUUUAACAACUUUCAAAUUGAUGAUCCACAUGGUCGCCGAUUAUAGUCUUUAUUGGGUUUUGAUGACUAUUCGAUACCAUGGAAGGUUCCAGUCGCCUAUAAACCCGGGAAAUCCACAACCGAGUUUGAGAAUCAGUAAUUUAGGGCUCGUUUCUAAAAUCUACAUUGCAAUAUUAGACGCUCUGCGUGCACCCAUAAUUUUUGCCUCUGCGUCUCCUGUAACUUGUCUACCUGAUCCGUCGCCACCUGAUUUCAAGAGAUAUUCACAAAUUGGUAUCUUAAUCGUUAUGCUUUGGUUCUUCUCCCUUUUCGAACCAUAUGGACUGCGAUUGCGGCAUUUGAUAAUGGGCCUUUAUAGACCAGAAAGAGCUAAGACGCGCGCUGUAUGGUUAUACAACCAUAUUCUAAGAGCAAGAGGGUGCUUUAUGAAAUGUGCCCGGCGAUUAUUGCAUCGGGAAUACAAAUAUCACACUGAAGAAAGACAUACGUUCCAACGGUGGUUGGACAGGCAUCUCCCAUUCUGGUGGCUUCGAAUGUUACUUGGUACGUCGCCAAAAAUAAUGCGUUGCUUACUUUGCGGUACCACAGAACUUCAUGGCGAUCCCGAUACAAAACUUAUUAGAUGUCAAAUACCGCAGUGCCCAGGCAUAUAUUGUAGGCACUGCUUUUUCGACAUCGGCGAACUGUGCACCAUUUGUCUGUCUCCCUCUGAUUAUGGUGACAUGAGUGACGUUAGUAUUGAAAAAGGUUCCUCAGACGACGACAGUGACAGCGAUGACUGUGAUUUCGAACCCCAAAGAAAAAGAACGCUGAAUAACGAUGAGUUUACAACGGAAACUAAUGAAAAACAGUCAUCUUACGAUAAACGAUCUAAGAAAAGAUGGUGGGCCUGGCCUUUGGAGCAAGAGACACGAUUUACUAACCAGUUUGAAGAAAUAUCCUCAUUUGAUACGUUUAAAGAUGAAACUAUAUGUGACAAUGGAGUUUGUAAUGAAUUUGGGGAUAUAUGGAAUAAAGCUUUGAAAGUACGACGUAAAAUAUACGAACAGGACAUUAAACAAAGAGAAACAAUAAAUUGUAUACAAGUAAAACGCAUUGACAAUAUGAUGCAGUCAUUGAAACCUGAAAGUAUUGAUAUAGCUAACAAAUCUAUAGACAACAAAACCAAAAAAUUCUCAACAUUAUCUAAAAGAAUACAAAGGGAUAGACAACACUGUAAUGAUGGAGAUUUUCAAAAUCAUAUAAAAAAUGAUGAUAAAGAGAAUAAAAUCGCAACACUAAAUAAAAUUGCAUCUAAUUCUAAUGGUAGAAACCAAAAUUACAUGAUUAUGAAUUUGGAACAAUCUGGUUGUAAACCUGAUUACAAUAUGAAACCUAUCAUAGCAAGUGACAUAAGUGCUAACCUAGCAAACUCGCAUCUCAAAGAAAUGGAAAAUUCCAGAAAAUAUAGACUGGCAACAUAUCUCGCAGAAUACGACUGGAAAGAGAACCAUAUUGAGUGCAGAAAUUGUUUAAGAACUGGUUUGCAGGGGCUAUUAUCUAUUUCGGAGUGUGAAAUCUCUAUUCCAUGCGUCGACAAGUAUAAUAAUACGUCCACUAAUGCAAUAAUUGGAUUUCAUAAUGAUGGUCCUAACGAUACCGUACUGGAAAUAUUGAGCCCUUUGCGUAAAGUAGACAAAAAAAUUUCUUCAUAUAGAUGUAGUUCGAUUGCGAUGACAAGGAGCAUGAAAUACUUCAAGUCACUUGGACUCGUUUCUUUCGAUGAAGACCGGCUUGAUAAAUUGAGCUUUGAAAACAAAGACCUUUCGGUUAAAUGUUUGAGUAAAGUAGCAAUCAAGGAAACACAAACUCUGAAACUUGACGUGCAACAUAGAACAACUUCGACUUUGGCUUAAAUGGAAAAAAGGAGUUAUAAAACAUCCUAAUAUGUCGUCUUCGAGUGACUACCUCUGAA